AUGACUGACAAGAGAAAACAUCCGGAGGUGAGCACAAUUCCGACGACGCCUUUGGAGUUCAAAGUUCUGUCAUCUACAGGAAUAAUAAAGUGUGAUAUGGGUCAGGGUCGGAUCGGACUUGGUAUACUUGCCGCCCUUGAAAAUAUUCCGGCCAAGAAGUCCAAUUUCAGAUGCCGGAACCCAAUGGGAUAUGAAGCGGGUAAUUUGGAAGAAGAGAAUACAAUAGCUACUCUUCGUAAACCAGACAAAUCGUAUACAAAAGCUCACAUUGAAAUCAGAGAACAACCCUCCAUUUUUGACAUAUCACCUGCAAGGUUUGGGGACGAUGGUAUGAAGAUGCGUACGCCUUCUGAAUUUCUGAGUUCAUGUCAUUUAUGCAACAAAAGACUCAACGGCAGAGACAUAUACAUGUACAGGGGAGAGAAAGCUUUUUGUAGCCCAGAAUGUAGGAGCAGACAAAUAGGGAUGGAUGAAAGACGAGAGAAACACUGUAGCUCACAUGCAUCUUCGACUCCUUCAAAUGCCACAAGCCCUCACGUGUUGUUUGCUACCGGAAUUUUUGCAAUUUAG